AUGAAGUCAUAUCCGUUCCUCAGUUCCCCUUGGGUCGACUCCGAAUCCUCUAUCGCGUCGUCCACAUCGUCGUCAUCCGAUGAAAGUUGUGGGCACCCAUCGGACCUCCGAUACCGGAAUGAAACCAAACUGAAAUCGCAUUCACUUUCCCCCUCAGCAGCCAGACCCCGCCGUCUUAGCCGCACAAAUUCCAGCACAGAACCCGGCACCUGGAACAUCUACUACGCUGUGGCCCGCUUGAUCGACCACCUUCGCACGUUGCCAGCACCCUUGUGCUCUCCCAAGCGGACCAACCUCACCACACCCCCUUCCAUCCCUUCUCCUGCAGAAGCAAUCACUGCCGCCCGCAACUUCCCUAUCUCGUCUCACGCAUGGCGCUCAUUCCCAUCACUCAUCUUCGCCUCUCUCAGCACCUCCGUCUUUGACGGCCUGCUGGACGAGCACGUUGUGAAGCUGGCGUGGACGAGCUUGGAUAGGCAUAUUAGCGGGAGAACCAGGGUAAUAGGAGGUCCAGAGAAGUGGGUUGGGGGGAGUGAUGGCGCUGUAAGAGACGGGGCUGAAGGGAAUGUGAAAGCCAAAGUGAAGAUCGAGCUGAAUACCGUAGUGCUGCAGAGUGCAAACAGGGACGAGAUUGUGGGGACGCUAUUGCAUCACAUGAUUCAUGCGUAUUUGGUGGUUGUUUGUGAGAGUGUUGGAACGUACUCACGCUAUUACGGUGGAGAUGAUGAGGAUGGCGAAAGAGGGAUUUCUGAUGGAGAAGGGCAAAGACACGGCAGUUGUGACCAAGACGAGGACUGCCUUGCACACGGCAACUCCUUCGCCGCCAUCUUAUGGGAAAUACGGGCCCAAGCCGCGAAAUGCGAAGCAGACCGCGAACGACCGUUGCCCAUUGGCUUCGGCCACAGGCUCCCAAGCGCUUUCCCGCAACGCAUGGGCGAUUCAUCCCCUCACAAGUCUGUCCGGAGCCCUCGCAGCGUCAACCACAACACCAACAAGACCAACACCAAGCUCGCUGGCACUGCCUCCUCCUCCUCCUCCCCCUCCUCCUCUUCCGCUUCCCCCGACCAUCAUCCUCGCAACAGCACCCACUGCCCCGCCUCCGUGCCCGUCAUCCCCCUCGACUCCGUUUCCGCCUGGUACGCAGCCGAGUGCGCGCCCUUCCUCGCCGCCGCCCCCCGCUGCAUGCGCAAAAACCACCUCUACGCCUGCUCCUUCUCCACCACCAAGGGGGGCGGCGGCGGCCACCUCCACGCCACCUCGACGACGGGCCGCCCGGCGCCGUCCGCGUCCGUCGCCUUCGUGUACGACGGCGACAAGCCGAUCGGCGUGCCGCGCGCCGCCGUCGAGCGGUUCAGGAGCCUGCGCGAGGAUGUGUUCGCGGAGGGCAGGCGCCGCUGGGUCGAGUUGCCGCGACACGUCGGGAGGGAGGAGGAGGUGGGCGCGCUGAUGGAGUUUUUGAGGGGCGAGACGUACCGUCCGGUGGCGGGGUGGUUGCGCGCCGGGUGGGCGGAGGCAGCGGGAGAUCAGGAGGAUGGGGCGUGUGGAGGGGCUGGAGGCGAAGGCCGGGCGCCUGUCAUCAGCGCAGAUGUCGGGACUCAUCGCCGCCGCUGCCGCUGCCGCUGCCGCUGCCGCCGUCGUCGCAAGGCUCGAGGGUCUCGAGGGGAUGCUCGUGAUGUUGGCUCUGAGAGCGACGAAGAAGAGGAGGGGGAGGAAGAGGAAGAUGAUGAUGUUGAUGUUGAUGUUGAUAAUGAUGGUGGUCAUUGUUGUCGUCGUCGUCAUAAGCACCACAGAGCUCGCGCCCACCAUCUCCUCGACAUCCGCGUCUAUCGCCUCGCCAGCGCCAUCGGCUUCUUAGAGCUCGCUACCUAUGCUAUCAGGCGUUUGUACUCCCGCCGCACUCUAAUGUCGGGCGAGGAUCCGAUCGAACUGCUCGAAACCAUCUAUUUCCCCAACAACGAUGACGGUGGCAAGGAGGAGGUGCAGCAGCAGCAGCCGCCGCCCCAGCCGUUGCGUACUUGGGUACGGGCUUUCUUGUCCCGUCGUGAGGAUGGGUAUGGGUCGGGCAUGGUCUCGAACAUGACCAAGUUGCAGACGCGCAGUCAGUGGGAAAAACGGUGGCGUGCGCUUCUGGCCAGAAGUGGCAAACAAGGAGGACGGCCGCUACUUGAGGACGUGAGAGCGGCGUAUUACAUGCAGGAUGGUGCAGCAGGAAGACAACAGCAGCGGCAGCCGCAAGGCAUGCAGUAUGUGGGUUAUCGUCGGGCGUGGAAGCCUUGGUACACAGAAGAUCCGAUAGCUGAGGGCCCAGACGGUUCAUCCGCUUUUACGACCGACGAAAGUUCUCACGGUGAUGACAACCCCUCCGCGGAUGAGGAGACAAGGCGACCGCCAUAUGAUGAGUUCAACAGCGCCGCCCCAAGGCACAAACAGAGACUCAGUCCACAGUUAUCUUCGGUGCAGCACAACGGAUACAUUCCACCUUUUCCAGGCUGGUGGGGUGGCCAUGAUUAUUUGUAUCCCUACCCGUAUUCAUAUCCUUUCCCACUGUCGCCAUCCCCUGCUCCUCGUUUCUUCCAGUACUAUGGAGCUCCCCAGCCAUAUGAGUCGCCACAUCAGCAGGUGCAGCCGCAGUCUCAAUCAAGACGCAAAAACAGUGCGCCUCAGUCCUACUAUGCGGCAGCUGAUACAGCAACCACAAUGUCUUCAGUACCGACAGACGAGGAGACUGCAAAGGGAUGCUACGCAGCUGCCAAGGGAGACGAGGAAAAUGGACGUCAACGAAACCCCACGCAGCGUACUUCCAGUGACGGGAGUCGCAGACGUCAAGCACAGAAAAGGUUCAACAUGGAAUGGAGGCCGGGAGCGUUCCCGGAGAGAUCGUGGUGA